AUGUUGAUACACGCCUCUGAAGCAGAAACGCUCAACUCGAUUCGGCUGGCGCUCGAGCGCGAGGAGCAGCAGAUUCGUGUCAACGACAGCACGGGCGAAGUCUACGAUAUCACCAUCUCCCGAUCCGCCCCUUACGCCUCGCCCGUCGUCUCCCGCUCCGUCACGCCCAGCAACGCCAACGACCCUUCGCCAAACGGCACCAACGGCCACAGCUCCACCACGCUCUCUGGCCACCGCAUCCUUCGCUUACCCCAGCUCGUCAGCAAGCGUGCUCAUGGUCACAGCAAUUAUACCCCUCAGCAGCCCUCCGUCGUCGAUGCGUCACCCACCACCGACAAGUCACAUACGGACAUCCACGAAUCCUCGCAAAGCCCUUUACGGCAGAGCAGCCGUGCCGACGAAAACGCCACCAUCCACUCGACUGCCGUCGGCGGUCCCGUAGUGAGCCAGGAUGCAGCGCUCAAGUCGCAGUCCAGCUUCACCGCACCCACCCGCCACCAUCCUUUUCUCAGCGAACUCCCGCCCUCGCCGCCUCUGGAAGCAGACUACGUCGCUGGACAUGACUCGCGCAACGGCCUCAUGAGCACCGUCACCAACGGAUCCCCUUACCUCCCCGCAUACCCCACCACAAACGGCACAUCCACCUCUGCUCAGCCGCACGAUGCCGCUGCCUCCAGCAAGCCCCUGCAGACCAAGGCUCCCGUUGCACGCCGCGCCUACACCGCCGACUCGGCCAACAUCCUGGGCGUCUCGUCCUCUGCUCCCAAGACUAAGGCCGCCCCCGCGUUGGUCGACGAGCCCACCGAGCUCGAUGCAGAGAAGGUGCUUGCAGCCAGACAGAAGCAGCAUGCUCAGCCUCAGCCAGCCAAUGCAGCGUACAACGUCAUGUCUAAACGCAAUCAGCGCCGCAACGAGUCCAACGCUUCCACCGCUAGCACCGCCUACCGGACCGCUUCCUCUCACGGCGGACUCUCGGACGAAGAGGACGAUGACGCUUCCUUCACGCAGCGACGUCACGCUUCGUACGGCUCUGCCGCAUCGCACCUCACGCUCGGUGCCAGCACCUCGGGAGCAGCUCCUGCCAUUCGACUCACCCACGAUGCCUCGCCUUACCUUCACGAUGCACCCAGAGCCGCCGAAGCAGGCACCUCUCAGCUUCUCGCAAAUGGCCACUCGAGUGUGGAUCAACCCGGACCACCCAGCGGCGUUCCGCCGCGCCAGCACAUCUCCCGUCGCAACACAACUGGCUCGUCACUCCAAGGAAGGCGGUCGCAAUCCGGCAACAGCCUUGCACAGUCGGUCCGACGCUCUAGUCGAGACCGCGAUCCCAACUACCACUCGGCUGGCAAUGCGUGGGAGGCGGAUGCGCUCAACUCGCCCACCCUCGCCGAGGCCACCGCACACGCACUGCGCACGGGCGAUGCAGCCUUCGACGAAGAGGCAGCCAUGCAUGCAGAGCAACUGCGCAGGGAUCGUCGCUACAAGGAGCAGAAGGCGCGCGAUGCGGCAGCCGAGGGCACAACAGUCGACAAGGAUAGCGCCAGCGCUGGCGGAGUCGUUGGUGCCUUGACGCGCUCCAAGACCGGUCGCGACUGGCUCAACGUCAAUCCCAAGGACAAGGAGCGCGUCGAUCGAGAACGCGAGCGCGACGAUGAUGCCGAGCCCAAGGUGCUGGUCGGCAACCUGAUCGGCGAGGGCCAUGCCAACUACGUGCUCAUGUACAACAUGCUCACCGGCAUUCGCAUCGGUGUGUCAAGGUGUCAGGCCAAGAUGAAGCGUCCGCUGUGCGACGCCGACUUCACAGCCAAGCACAAGUUCACCUUUGACAUCAUCGGUCGAGAGCUCACCCCCACCGCCAAGUACGACUUCAAGUUCAAGGACUACGCACCUUGGGUAUUCCGCGAGCUGCGCGAGCACUUCCACCUCGACGCCGCCGACUAUCUGCUCUCGCUCACGUCCAAGUACAUCCUCAGCGAGCUCGGAUCGCCAGGCAAGAGCGGCUCCUUCUUCUACUUUUCGCGCGACUACCGCUUCAUCAUCAAGACGAUCCGCCACCAGGAGCACAAGUUCCUGCUGCGCAUCCUCAAGGACUACCACGAGCAUGUCAAGGCGAAUCCGCACACGCUGCUCAGCCGCUUCUACGGACUGCAUCGUGUCAAGCUGCCGCACGGUCGCAAGAUCCACUUUGUCAUCAUGAACAACCUCUUCCCACCGCAUCGCGACAUUCACGAGACGUACGAUCUCAAGGGCUCGUCGAUCGGACGCGAGUAUCCGGAAGAGAAGGCGGCGGCCAAGUCGGGCGCAGUGCUCAAGGAUCUCAACUGGCUCAAGCGCGGGCGCGAGAUCGAGUUGGGACCCGAGAAGCGCGCGCUCUUCGAGGCACAGCUGCAGAGCGACGUGGCGCUGCUGCAGCGCCUCAACAUCAUGGACUACUCGCUGCUCAUCGGACUGCACGACAUCCGUCGUGGCAACAAAGACAACCUGCGUCAGGACAACCUGCGCGUCUUCCAGCCCGAGACCAAGGAGCUCAAGCGUCAGCCGACGCAGAUCAAGCGUCCCGGUGCGGGCGAGCAGGACGCGUCGGCGCUGCGACAGGCGGUUCGACGCUCCGACCCCAAGGCGCUCAACGCACAGCAGGGGUCCAAGCUGCCCGACCGCGAUGUGAGCGAGCGCCGUCACUUCCUCUUCUACCAGGAUGAAGGCGGCUUCCGAUCGACGGACGAGAACAACCAGCCGGGCAGCAUGAUCUACUACCUGGGUGUCAUUGAUCUCUUCACGCCCUACACCUCGGUCAAGCGCGGCGAGACCAUCUGGAAGGGCCUCACGCAGAAUCGGCACAUGAUCAGCUCGGUGCCGCCCAAAGAGUACGGCCAGCGCUUUUUUGACUUUUUGUGCAGCGUCGUCACGGGCGGCGACAAGAGCCGGCGUCCCAAGAUGUGGGGCUUCACGGAAAAGGACACCAAGAGCAGCAAGGACAAGGAAAAGGUCGCCAAGUAG